UAUUUACAUUUGUGUAUUUUGGGUUAUUUAGCAUAAUCUUUAAACUACUCCAAUCACAAGUAAUCCCUUUGAACGACGACAGUUUGUUUCAAUUCAUCAGCAUUAUGUUUUUUUAAUAACUUCCCAUAAUUCCCUGUCAUUUUCAUUGAAUUUCUAGUAUUAAUUUUAUUACAACUGCAGUAUUAUACUGCUUGAAAAUGACCAUCAAAUUAAAUUACUAAGGAGGAUAAUAUAAUAUACUUUUGCUUCAAUUUUAUAGGAAAGCUCAAUUAAAACUGAGAAUUUGCUGUAUUUGGUUGUUUUUUGGGGUUGAUUUCCUGCAUCUUUGGAUUGUUGGGUUGGUUUUGAUUUUUUUAUUCAGGUUAAAAAGAUUUGGCCUUAAACCCAGUUGGAGAGUCUGAAUUUUGCAGUUUUGUGAGCUCAUUUUGAAUAUAGGAAGUUUUUUUUGGCUGUUUUCUGAGAAAUUAGCUAAAAUGGCAUUAUUAAUGGGGAAAGAUGUUGCUGAUGAUGUUAAUGAAAAGAUAUAUGUUGCAGUGAGCAAAGAAUGGAAAGCUUGGAAACCAAAUCUAGAAUGGGUUGUUCGCAACUCGAAAGGAAAGACAUUAUGCUUUGUUCAUGUUCACCAUCCUGCACAGUAUAUUUACUUAUUUGGUGCAAAAUUCCCCACAAGCUCACUGUCAGAACCCGAAGUAAAGGCACAUCGUGAAAAGGAAAGACAAGAUAUGUACAAGAUUUUAGAUGAAUAUAUUCGCAUUUGUACUAAAGCUGGGGUUCAAGUAGAGAAACUGUAUAUUGAAAAGGAAACUGUUGAAAGUGGACUUGUGGAGCUCAUAUCUCAGCACAAUAUCGAGAGACUUGUCAUGGGAGCAGCAACUGACAAGAGUUAUUCAAGGAAAAUGUUGGAACCAAAAUCCAAGAAGGCCAAAUAUGUCCGUCAAUAUGCUCCUGCAUGCUGUCACAUCUGGUUUAUCUGCAAGGGGCGUCUAAUCUGUAAAAGGGAGGGUAUAAAACAGUCACGGUUAGAUGAUGAAGAUCAAAAUGGACAGGCAAAUACAAAGUCAAGAUUGUCUCAGUAUACUAGUGAAUGGUCUACUGCCACCAGCAAAGUGGACUUUGUAGAGAGUCUUGAUCGAUCAUCAACAUUUAGCCUUUCUCAAUUAUCUGUUUUUUAUCGAUCUUCUGAAGCUGCCACUGAUUCAACUUUCUAUCAUUCGGGAACAGAAGAUAGAGAACCCUCAUUUCGGUCCCUUACUCUACCUCUUCGACCUGACGGAAAUCAGCACCAUUUACUCUCUCUAAACGCGCAGCAGGAAGGGAAUAUGGAUGAUGCACUAUAUAAUCAACUUGAUCAGGCCAUAGCAGAGGCUGAAUCUGCAAAGCAGGAGGCGUUUCAAGAGUCAAUGAGGUGUCGUAAAGCAGAAAAAGAUUCAGUUGAAGCAAUUUGCAAGGCAAAGGUAGCAGAAAGUUUGUACCAUGAGGAGUUGAGAAGAAGGAAAGAACUUGAAGAAGAGUUGACUAAGGCCAAACAAAAACUCGAAAGUACAAAGAAGGAGCGCGACAUGGCCCUAGAUGAACUCCGGAUUGUCAUGGAUCAGAAACUGUUGCCGAAACAAGCAAAGUUGAGAAGUCUAUUGUCAUUCGGAAAGAUGGGUGGGAAAUUUCCAGCUAAUCAAGUGGGAGAAAGGGAACUCAAGGCAUUCCGAGAGCAGGAAAGUAAACAGAUGCAUAAACUUUUAGAUGAUUAUCUUCAAAUCUGUGCUCAAGUUGGGGCAUGUGCUGAAAGUAUGCAUAUUGAAAAGGAUUGCAUAGAGGAGGGAAUUGUGGAAUUCAUAUCUCAACAAAGGAUAGGGAGACUUGUUAUGGGUGCUGCAGCAGACAGUAGAUUUUCAAGGAAAAUGGUGGAACCUAAGUCAAAAAAGGCGAACUAUGUGCGCCAACAUGCACCUGAUUUCUGUCAAAUCAGGUUUAUCUGCAAGAGUCGUCUAAUCUGUACGAGGGAGGGUAUGAGGCAACCAAGUUUGGAUGUUGAAGGGAGAUCGUCACUCUCUUCAGAGAAUAAUAACAUUGAUGCAGACAUUCUAAAUCAAUUAUUAAAUUCUAGGCUUAGACUUUCAGAUUCUGGUGGAUCUGGAGGCAGUUCUGAUAGAUCUGAUCAAUCAUCAAGACUCAGUCUUUCACAGUCUUCAAUCCGUUCACUAGAAGCGGGAUCACCUUUCAGUUCACCUUGUUCAUCACUUACUAGAGAAGAAGUCAGAGAAUCUGGUCUGGAGUUGUUGGCUUUGCCUCAGACUAAGAGCAAGGAUCAAGGUUUAUCACCUCCAAGCGUAUUGGAAAAUGGUAUCGAUGAUGAUCUGUAUGACCAGCUUGUUCAAGCCAUGACAGAGGCUGGAAAUUCAAAGAGAGAAGCCUUUGAAGAAUCAAUACGGCGUCAGAAAGCUGAGAAAGCAGCUAUGGAUGCUAUUCGCAGGACAAAAGCUGCUGAAAAAUUGUAUUAUGAGGAAUCUAGAAAAAGGAAAGAGAAAGAGGAAGAGCUGGCUAAGUGGAUGGAGGAACUCGAAAUCACAAAGAGCCAGCAGGAAAAGGUCUUGCAGGAACUCCACGAGGCAUUGGAUCAGAAGAUGUCGCUUGAAACCGAAUUUCAGAAAGUCAAACUUACAGAAAAGGAGAUGGAACAGAAAUUAUUGUCUGCAGUGGCUUUGUUACAGAAGUAUAAGAUGGAACGUGAUGGUUUACAAGUAGAAAGGGAUGAUGCUCUCCGAGAAGCCGAACAGUUGAGGAAACAGUAUGCUCAGGGACCAUCAAGCUCAAGUAUCUCUUGUUUUUACUCUGAAUUCUCUUUCUCGGAUCUGGAGAAAGCUACUAACUACUUUGACCCAUCCUUGAAGAUUGGGGAAGGAGGGUAUGGUAGUAUAUAUAAAGGUUUUCUACGUCACACUGAAGUGGCAAUAAAGAUACUGAAUCCCAACAGCAUGCAGGGUCCUCGAGAGUUUGAACAAGAGGUGGAUGUUUUAAGCAAGCUGCGGCAUCCAAACCUAGUGACUCUCAUUGGUGCCUGUCCUGAAUCUUGGGCUCUUGUAUAUGAGUAUCUUUCUGGAGGAAGCCUUGAGGACCGACUAACUUGCAAGGAUAACUCCCCUCCACUACCAUGGCAAGCAAGAAUUCAAAUAGCCACAGAGUUAUGCUCCAUCCUCAUCUUUCUCCAUUCAAGCCGACCUAGCAGCAUUAUACAUGGAGAUAUAAAGCCAUCAAAUAUACUACUGGAUGAUAAUCUUGCAUGCAAGCUCGCCGAUUUUGGUAUAUGCUGUGUGAUCGCAAAUGGCGAAACCUCAACGGAACAAACUACUAGGUUCUGUACCACUCAACCAAAGGGCACUUUCACUUACAUGGACCCAGAAUUGCUGGCAACUGGAGAGCUUACCCCAAAGUCUGACAUUUAUUCUUUCGGGAUCAUAUUGCUGCGCUUAUUGACUGGUAAACCAGCCUUGGGGAUAACAAAGGAAGUUGAAUAUGCUUUAGCUAAAGGUGAUUUAAAUUUCAUAUUAGACCCUUCAGCUGGGGAUUGGCCUUUUGUCCAGGCUGAGCAGUUAGCUCGUAUGGCUUUAAGGUGCUGUGACAUGAAUGGAAAGAAUCGCCCUGAUCUUGAAACAAAUAUAUGGAGGGUUCUAGAACCCAUGAAAGCUUCGUCUCGAAGCUUAUCUAUGCCUAUGGCGUCUGAUGAUCAAGCACCACAUUAUUUCAUAUGCCCCAUUUUUCAGGAAAUAAUGGAAGAUCCACAUAUUGCUUCAGACGGCUUUACAUAUGAAGCUGAGGCUAUCAAAGGCUGGGUAGAUAGUGGCCAUGACACUUCACCUAUGACUAAUGUGAAACUUGCAAAUCAUGAAUUUAUUCCUAAUCACGCUCUUCGCUCCGCCAUUCAGGAAUGGCAAAGACGCAGCGAACAACUUUUUUUCCCGUUAAUUUGGCAACUUAAUCUUCUUCUAAAAGUUCAAGAUUUUGUUAAAAUUUUUCUAGUGAAAAUUAGAGUUAUGAAGAACAAGAUAUAUGUAGCAGUAGGAAAAGAUGUUGAAGAAAGAAAAUCACUUCUAAAUUGGGCUUUAAAGAUUUCAAAAGGGGAAACCAUUUGUGUUAUUCAUGUUCAUAUUCCUGCUGAAAUCAAUUCUAUGCCAAAUAAUUAUAAUAGUUUUGAAGCAUUUCAAGAAUGUGAAAGAAAAGAGGUGGUCAACAUGCUAAAUGACUGUGUUCGAAUCUGUGCUCUUAAACAGGUUCCUUCUGAAAAAUUGUAUUUAGAGAAAGAGUCUGUAACUGAUGGAAUUUUGGAACUCGUUUUUCGACUGAGGAUAACGAAGCUGGUGAUGGGUGCAGGAGCUAAUAAUAAAUAUUCGAGGAGAAUGACAAAACCGUUAUCAAACAAAGCCAAUUACGUGCUCCAACAUGUUCCUGAUUUCUGUGACAUCUGGUUUAUACACAAGGAUCCUCUACUCGCUACAAGGGAAGUUGUGAAGCAACCAAGUCCUAAUGUUGAAGGGAUAUCAUUACAUGAUUCCGAGAAUGAUGAACUCGAUGCAGGCAUACUAAAUGAAGAAUUAGAUCUUAGAUUGAGACAUCCAGAUUUUGGUGGCUAUGGAGGAAGUUCUGAUGGAUUUGACAGUUUUUUUCAGUCCUCAACCUACUCUACAGAAGCUGAAUCAGCUUUUAGUUCACCUCAAUUAUCAUUUGCAAGAGAUAGUGAAGUCGGUGAAUCUGGUCUGGAGUUGUUGGCUGUGCCUCAGACAAAGAGCUUAUAUAAGGAGGAAAGCAGUAUGAUCAAUGAUCUGUAUGAUCAACUUGAGCAAGCCAUAACAGAGGCAGAAACUUCAAAGCAAGAAGCUUUUGUUGAAUCAAUUAGACAUCGAAAAGCUGAGAAAGAGGUUCUAGACAUAUCUCGUAAGGUAAAAGCUACUCAAAGAUUGUAUUUUGAGGAAUUGAGACAAAGGGAAGACAUAAAGGAAGAGUUGGCUGAGAGGAAUAAGGAACUUGAAGUCACAAAGGACCAGCUGGAAAAGGUCUUACAUGAACUUCAUGAGGCAAGAGAUCAGAAGUUUUCUCUGGAAAGCCAAUUUAAGAACCUAUCUCUCUCGGAAAAGGAGAUGUUACAGAAACUAUUGUCUGCAGUGGACUUGUUACAGUUGUACAAGAAUCGCCGCGAUGAACUGCAAGUAGAAAGGGAUCAUGCUCUUCAAGAAGCUGAAGAGUUGAGAAAAGAACUUGCUGAGAAACCAUCAAGCUCUCAUGCACCCAUGUUUUUCUCCGAAUUCUCCUUCUCAGAUCUAGAGAAAGCUACUAACUACUUUGAUCCGUCGAUGAAAAUUUGGGAAGAUGGGUAUGGAAGCACAUACAAAGGUUUCUUACAUCACACAGAAGUGGCAAUAAAGAUAUUCCAGCCAAACACCAGUCAUGGUGCUCAAGAGUUCGAACAGGAGGUGCAUGUUUUAAGCAAACUGAGGCAUCCGAAUGUAGUAACUCUCAUUGGUGUCUGUCAUGAAUCACGAGCUCUUGUUUAUGAGUAUUUUCCCAGGGGAAGUCUUGAGGACCAACUCAUCUGCAAAGAUAACACUCCUGCACUACCAUGGCAAGUGAGAAUCCAAAUAGCCACGCAAUUAUGCUCCGUCCUCAUUUUCCUCCAUUUAAGCCAACCUAGCAGUAUAAUCCACGGCAAUCUAAAUCCUGCAAAUAUACUUCUAGAUGACAAUUUGGUGUGCAAACUCUAUAAUUUUGGUAAAAGCCGUGUAAUCUUAGAUGGCAGAGUCUCAGGGGAACAAACAACGAGAUUGACUACCUCUGAACUAAAUGACACUUUCACAUACAUAGAUCCAGAGUUUCUUGCAACCGGAGAAUUUACACCAAAGUCAGACAUUUAUUCAUUUGGGAUCAUAUUACUGCACUUAUUAACGGGUAAACCAGCCUUUGGAAUAACAAAGGAAGUGGAAGAUGCUUUGGAUAACGAUGAUCUCAAUGCGACAUUGGACCCAUCAGCGGGAAACUGGCCUUUUCUCUUGGCUGAGCAGUUGGCUCGCAUGGCUUUGAGGUGUUGUGAUAUGAGCCCAAGGAAUCGCCCUGAUCUUGGAUCAGAUAUAUGGAGGGUUCUUAAACCCAUGAAAGCUGCAUCUCAACCAUUAUCUACACUUUUGCUGGCUUGUGAGAACCGCGCACCACAUUAUUUCUUAUGUCCCAUUUUACAGGAAAUGAUGGAGGAUCCACAAAUUGCUUCAGAUGGUUUUACAUAUGAAGCAGAGGCUAUCAAAGGCUGGCUAGAUAGUGGCCAUCACACUUCACCUAUGACUAAUAUGAAACUUCCAAACCAAGACCUUAUUCCUAACCGGGCUCUACGCUCUGCAAUUCAAGAAUGGCUACAACAUCGCCGCAAUGUAUAGAUCUUUUUAUAUGGUACAAGCAGAAAAAAUAAAAUCUCACAGUUUCUACUAUUUCAGGUUUACCCAUGUUUUCCAUGUAGGCUAUAUUCUUUUCACCUGAAUAAACCUUAUUUUGAGGCGUUUUAUUGAGUUGAAAAGAACGAAGAAUUAACUUAUGCCUCUAAGUGGGAUGCCAUAUGCCAAUAGUUGGUAGAAUCUUGUGCAGGUGAUAGUUGUGGACUUGUGGUACCCAAUACUUGUGAUCGAUUCCAACCUAUAUCAUUGCGAUUUGUGUCUCUUUGUACACCCAAAAAGAAACACCUCUUGCUUAUUUGUCUAUACUCUAUAGCAUAGUACUCUUAGCUUAUUUUGGGGUGUACAUACCUAAGAUUAGUCAGUAGAGCAAUAGAAAUGGAAUUUGCUGGCAAGUGCCAACUCCCCUCUAUAUGGGAGCAACUGGAUUGAUCGACUUCAAGAUCCUGGAUGUAUAUGUAUAUGUAUAUGAAAGCUGGUCUACCAUUCUUUUUAUAACAUAAGAUGAUACUAUGUAAUGGCUUAUUCAAUCCUAGCUCACUGUAGGUUGU